AUGACAACAUCGGCACUUGCUCGACGAGGUAGCAAGUGUGCCGCUGCUUGCAAGCAUCAGAAUCCUCUACGACCCAACUUUGCUCGGUGUCGAUCUACGUUUGUGCUCCCUGUGGUACCGUCACCUAUAACGCGCCACACCGAUAUGUUAUGUCUAUUGGCAGCAGCAGCAGCUUCACGUGCUACUGGCGUAUCAUCAUCUUCAUCAUCAUGCACUCAACGACGACACUUUAAUGCACGAUCAUCAUCCUCAUCAUCAGCAGCUCUUUCUGCACCAUCAUCUUCAACAUCAUCAACUGCCCCAUGUGCAUUGAAUGAUCCAUCACACAACAUAUUUCAUCCACGGCGGAUAGGCAAAGGAUGUGAUUUGAAUGCAUUAUAUGAUUAUUUACGGGCACAAGGUCAUCAAUUGGGUCCUGAAAGAGUAUACAAGACGUUGAGGUCAGCAUUGUACAAUGCGAGUGGUUAUCAGGCGGAUACGGCAUGGCGAAUUUAUCAAAUGAUGCUCGAACAUGGCGUUUCUCAUCGAAUGGGUGCCAAUAACUAUGGACAUUUACUCAACAUGCUAAAGUAUGGGAAUGAUUGGGAACGGAUGGUGAAUGUGCUGGACAACAUGCGCAAUCAAGGGACGCAGGUCGGCCCGCUCCAUUAUGCACAAGUACUAUUUGCUAUGGCACGGCAUGGUCAACUCGAGUCAGCGUGCAAGAUUCUCAAGGAAAUGCGUGAUGCUGGUGUUCCACGACAACCCUCUCAUUUGACUUCUUUGGCAUUGGCAGUACGAUCACACCAUGUAUCCACCAAACAGCAUGAAGUGGCAGCCAAGGUCAUGAUGGAAGUGAUGCAAACGGAUGGAAUAGUGAUUGAAAACAGGGCAUGUGCUGUCAUGGUCAGCCAUUUAUCACGCACAUCUAUGGAUAAGACGAUUGAGUUUCUCGAAUGUCUUGCACAAGCACAAGCCAUUGGCAACAACAAGGAUACCCCAGCAACAGCAAUUGAAGAAGCAGGAGCAGGAGCGAGAGGAGGCGUUUACAACACACAUGUGUACACAUCACUGAUAUCCGGUUUGGCACACAAAGGUGAUGCAAUCAAUGCUGAACGACUAUACAAUGAGAUGAAGCACCAUCGUUUAAGACCGACUGUGGCCACCCGUGUUGCAUUAGCCGAAGCUUAUGGUCGUGCAGGUGAUUUCGACAAGGCGCUCAAGCUCGUUGGUAAACGACCCAAUCAUGCCAUUAUGACUUCUAUUCUCAGCAAUGCAAUGCGACAAGGACGAUGGGAUCUUGCACAUGACUUGGCAGAAACAUGGAUGGCUGAUAAACGCAUCAUGAAUAAUACAGCAGCCGAUGACAAGUUUCGAGCGACGUUAAUGUGGGUCAAGGUCAAGACGGGAUUGGAUACAGCAAAGCUCUUUUUCCAGCGGCUAUAUGAAGAAGAUGCAUCUUUUGUCAAUGCUGUGAUGGUGAAUCAUCUUGUCAUGGAGAGUGGUAAUCAACAAAAGAAGGAUCAAGUUUAUGAAUCGUUCGGAUUACAUCGGCAAUUGGAGGAUGAACCAGCACCCUCGUUGUUAUCACACCAUUAUUAUGUGGAUGCCUUGUUCAAAUGCCGAGAUGUCCCAGCAGCAUUAGCAGCCUUUGUGGAAAUGAGAAGAUACGGUGUACCGGACGACAUCACGAUGGCUAUGGUGGUGCGUGGAUUAGUCAUGAAUGAGGAGGACAACAUGGCAUGGAACGUGUUUCGGGUCAUGAGGAAGAAUGGAUUACAGCCCAAUCUCUAUGCCUAUUCAAGCAUUUUAAAGGCAUUUGCAAAGACACAAGCUCCACGAUGGGUAUCCAAGGAGUUGAGCAAAUUAUGGCCCGAUCUGCAUGCAGCUAUUACUGGUGAUCAACAGCAACCUGAUCUUCUCACCCAUGAUUUCCUUGGUAGUUCAUCGCAUGCUUAUUCCUUGUUCCAAGAAAUGACUGGAUUUCAACGACCCAACGAGUACACAUAUACCACCUUGAUUGCCUGUUUUGCAAAGACAAGUCUUGCUCGUGCAGCUGAUGUAUUCUCUCACAUGUGUGCUGAUGGUAUCAAACCCACCGCUCAAACCUAUACAGCCAUGCUUCAAGGAUGUGCCAUUUUCCGCAACGCUCGUAUGGCUUUGGUUGUAUUCCGACACAUGCGUGAACAUCAUGUCACACCCAACCAAAAAACGUGGCAUUAUCUACUCAAGGCCUUGGUCCGUGCGCGCGUCGACCGUAAAAAGAUUGAUAGCGUCGGUCGAAUGGCUCGUAAGGCCAUGGAUGUAUCAUAG